AUGGACUUGACCGCGAGCAAGAACUUCAUAGUGGAUGUUAACAAUCACCCCCAAAAGACCUGUGAGCGUAUGCUUGCUCUCAAGGACAAGUGCGUUCACCAUACCUCUAAGCAGCCCUAUAUCAAGUCGACGUCCGGUGGGAAGGAUAACUCCCCCGAAGGCAUCCAAAGUGGAAUGACACACGCAUUUAUCGUAGAGUUUGAAAGUGCUGCAGAUCGAGACUAUUAUGUACAAAGCGAUCCGUCUCAUCUGGCCUUCGUCAAAACUCUUGAUGGACUCGUGGAGAAAGUACAAGUCAUUGACUUCACUGAUGGAGUUCUCUGA